AUUUAGUGUGGGUCCUCUUCCCUCCACAGAAAGCGCAGACCUGUCGGAGGCACUAUGGCGAAGCACCACCCCGACUUGAUCAUGUGCCGCAAGCAACCUGGCAUUGCCAUCGGCCGUCUAUGUGAAAAGGAUGACGGGAAAUGCGUCGUGUGCGACUCGUAUGUGAAGCCACAGACCCUCGUUCGAGUGUGCGAUGAAUGCAACUACGGCACGUUCCAAGGUCGGUGUGUGAUUUGUGGUGGCCCAGGCAUUUCAGACGCAUACUAUUGUCGAGAAUGUACACAGCUGGAGAAGGACCGUGACGGGUGCCCCAAGAUUGUAAACGUCGGGAGUUCGAAGACAGAUCUCUUUUAUGAGCGGAAGAAGUAUGGGUUCAAGAAGCGAUAAGUGCCUUGAAUCCUGAACUGGUUUGCAGCAUGAUGGGCGUGGACAGUUUGAUUGAUCAUAAGAAGUGCAUUCAUAGUUUAUUAACGUGUGUUUUCGAGGGGAAUCAUGUCCUCCACAUUUCCACGAACAACGCCACUCUCGUUCCGAUGGUUUUCGUGACAAGCCAACAAAAUACCC